GGGGCAGGACAAGAGCUUGGUUGCAGAGACACCGGGUUCCUAGCGCUGGGUACACGGUGUCCUUGGUCUUGAGCGUCGGGAGUGUGGACAGGAGAGGGGCGGCCUAGGACUUCUUCCUCUGCUUGGCCUGUGACAAUGGGAGACGUUGAGAAGGGCAAGAAGAUCUUUGUUCAGAAGUGUGCGCAGUGCCACACAGUUGAGAAGGGUGGCAAACACAAGACUGGCCCCAAUCUGAAUGGUCUCUUUGGCCGGAAGACUGGACAAGCUGAUGGUUUCUCUUAUACAGAAGCCAACAAAAGCAAAGGUAUAAUCUGGGGUGAAGAUACAUUGAUGGAAUACUUGGAAAACCCCAAGAAGUAUAUUCCGGGAACCAAGAUGAUCUUUGCUGGUAUUAAGAAGAAGGGCGAGAGAGCAGAUUUAAUAGCAUACCUGAAGGACGCCACUUCUAAGUAAUGGCUCUCUGCUGCCUUAUUUAUUUCACCAAACAAAAAAGAAGUGACUCUGUGAUGAGAUUCGUUCUUAAACUUUCUAUUUUUACAUGCACUAUAUCUAACCCGACAACAAUCUCGUCAGUCAGAGAACUUUGAUCGUGAGUGGUCGUAAAAAUAUAUGUACUGGUUCAUGUUGUAAUUUAUAGAAUUGUAUAAAUCAGGAUUUAUGGAAUACGGACAGGGUAACAUCACUGCUUCCUGAUCAUGUAAUUAAAAAAAACCCUUUCAGUGUU